UGUCCUUGUCUUCUUGGUUCCUUUUUCUUGUUCGCUGUCGCGCAGUUCCUCCGGUUCUCUUCCGCACUCCACUCGCAAAGGGAGGCCGAUCCGAUGCUCCCCUACUCGCCCCACUCCUCCAAAUCUUUCCUCUUCUCUUCUCUCUUUUUCUUCGUCGCUGUUUUGCUCGUGGAUGUGGCUCUCGCUGGAGAUCCGUUUGUAUACUUGGACUGGGACGUGUCCUACAUCUCCGUCUCGCCUCUCGGAGUUAAGCAGCAGGUUAUUGGAAUCAAUGGGCAGUUUCCUGGACCAAUUGUGAAUGUGACAACAAACUGGAAUGCUGUUGUGAAUAUCCAAAACAAUUUAGAUGAACCUUUUCUUGUCACUUGGAAUGGUUUACAGCAAAGGAAGAACUCUUGGCAGGAUGGUGUUUUGGGGACAAAUUGCCCCAUCCCUUCUGGUUGGAAUUGGACAUACGAGUUUCAGGUCAAAGACCAGAUUGGAAGCUUCUUUUAUUUCCCUUCGAUCAAUUUUCAGAAGGCUGCAGGUGGUUAUGGUGGAAUUAUAGUAAACAACAGAGAUGUAAUUCCACUGCCCUUUGGGACACCAGAUGGGGAUAUUACAGUCUUCAUUAGUGACUGGUAUAACAAGGGCUACAAGGAACUCAGAAAAACUCUUGAAGAUGGAAGUGAUCUUGGGAUUCCUGAUGGGGUCCUCUUCAAUGGUUUGGGACCCUACCACUACAAUGAAUCAAUUGUGCCUGAUGGCAUAGCUUAUGAGAUAAUAAAUGUGGAGCCAGGGAAAACAUACCGAAUACGAGUGCAUAAUGUUGGCAUAUCAACUAGUCUAAACUUUAGAAUCCAGAACCACAACCUUCUCCUUGUAGAGACAGAAGGAUCUUACACUGUUCAACAGAACUAUACAAACAUGGAUAUCCAUGUGGGACAGUCUUAUUCAUUUUUGGUCAUGAUGGAUCAAAAUGCUAGCAGUGACUACUAUAUUGUGGCAAGUGCUCGGUUUGUUGGUGCAGAUACCAGGAAUAGAGUAACAGGGGUUGCUAUAUUGCACUAUUCCAAUUCCCAGGGUUCUGCUUCUGGUCCACUUCCUGACGGCCCAGAUGAGGCUGACACAUACUUUUCAAUGAACCAAGCAAGGUCCAUCAGAUGGAAUGUUUCUGCUGGUGCUGCUCGACCCAACCCACAGGGAUCUUUUCGAUAUGGUGAAAUCACUGUCACUGAUGUGUAUGUGCUACUGAACAGACCUGCAGAGCUUAUAAAUGGGCAGUUGCGAACUACUUUGAAUGCCAUUUCUUAUGUUGCCCCUUCAACACCUCUGAAGCUCGCACAACAAUUUAAUGUGCCAGGAGUAUAUAAGAUGGAUUUCCCAAAUCAAAUGAUGAACAGACCUGCAAAAUUUGAUACAUCUAUAAUCAAUGGCAGCUAUAAGGGUUUCACAGAAAUUAUAUUCCAGAACAAUGACAGUACUGUUCAAAGCUAUCACAUGGAUGGCUAUGCAUUUUUUGUUGUGGGGAUGGAUUAUGGAAACUGGACAGAGAAUAGCAGAAGUACCUAUAAUAAAUGGGAUGGAGUUGCUCGUUGCACAACACAGGUAUUUUCUGGAGCAUGGACCGCCAUCCUAGUUUAUCUUGACAAUGUCGGCAUGUGGAAUCUGCGUGUGCAGAAUCUUGACAGAUGGUACCUGGGCCAGGAAGUGUAUGUAAGUGUGGUUAAUCCAGAAAUGAGCAACAAGACUGAGCUUCUACUACCUGAUAAUGCUAUAUUUUGUGGUGCACUCUCCAGCUUACAGAAAGAGCAGUCCCAUAAAUUUAGAUAUUCCGAAGCAUCAUCAGCUGCCAAAUCAAGCAGAAUGAUUUUAUUUUGGUUUCUUAUUUCUUGGCUCAGUAUCUUUUCCUUGUGACAACUUCAGCAGCUCAGUGGUCUAUGGAAGGGAAUGCCGAUAAGAAUGUAUCAGAAAUGAGUUUUCGUAGUUUAUUUUGGCGUUGCACUCAUCUUAGCAUGGUAAAGACAUGCAAGGCAAUCAUAUUGCAUGCAAGUAUUACAUUUUUCUUCAUUUAUAUCUCCUGUACAACUGUUGAUUUUAGAUAAUGUGUUUCCAUGAUGAUUGUGGGCGGUGGUUUGCUGUUAUUUGUAUUUUCAGCAUAACAAAAAAAAGUCAUUGUUGUAUAUUUUUUUAAUAUUAGGCAAAAAAAUAACUCCACUAGAAAUAUCUUGUAUUUAUGCCCUGUACCUUUAAACUUAGUUAUGUUUGCCAGCAUUUCUAAGCAGAAUUCAGCUGGCGGUCGUCCUA